AUGAAAAUGGCCCUCUCGACCCGCGCAAAUGGCGUCCUCAGCGCCAGCAGCAACAACAUCAUGUGGGAGGUCAUGGCCAACCUGUACGACCCCGAAACCAACCCAGACGGCUACUACAGUGUAGGCGUAGCCGAGAACCUCCUCAUGCACGAGCACCUCCUCAACCACGUCCACCAGCACGUCCACCUAACCUCCAAAUCCCUCACCUACAACGACGGCGCAUCCGGCUCGAAACGCCUCAAAGCGGCCAUGGCGCGGUUCCUGAACCGACACCUCCACCCCUGUACCCCGCUCCAACCGCACCAUCUCAUCCUCACCAACGGCGUCUCCGCGGCAGUCGAGCAUCUCUCCUGGGCGUUCGCGGAUAAAGGCGAGGGGAUCCUCCUGGGAAGACCGUACUACGGCACCUUCAUCGCGGACCUCUCGCUGCGGUUCGGGACGGAGGUUGUGACUGUUCCUUUUGGAGGGGGUGAUCCGCUUGGUGCAGACUGUGUGGACGCGUACCGACGCGCGCUGACCCGCUUCGAGCAGCAGACCGGGAAAAAGUGUCGCGCGCUGCUGCUGUGUCACCCGCAUAAUCCUCUCGGACGGUGUUACUCGCGCGAUGUCCUGGUCGCGCUUAUGCGGUUGUGCCAGGAGCACGGGAUGCAUUUUAUCAGUGAUGAGGUAUAUGCGUUAUCCGUGUGGGGGGAAGGGCAGUUUGUCUCUGCGUUGAGUAUUGACACCAAGGGGAUCAUCGAUGCGGACCGUGUGCAUGUCCUCUGGGGUAUGAGCAAGGAUUUUGGCGCGAAUGGGCUGCGUCUGGGGGCGCUGAUCAGUCAGGGGAAUAAGGAUGUGCGUGCGGCGGUCGAUAGUGUCGCGCUGUACUCGUAUGUCUCGGGGCCCGCGGACCAUAUCGCGGCGAAUGUUCUCGAGGAUGAUGCGUAUACCGAUGAGUAUAUCCGGUUGAACUGCGAGAGGGUUAGAGAGGCGUACGAGCAUACUGUGGGAUUAUUGACGCAAAAUCAGAUCCCGUACAUGUCGGGAGCGAAUGCGGGAUUCUUUGUCUGGGUGGAUCUGGGCACGCCGUAUCUCAAGCGCCAUCCCGAGGCGAUCCAUGAGGAUGUCAGCGAGGCCGUCAUGCAGCGGCUACUGAAGAACAAGGUGUUUCUGGCAUCAGGGGCGUUGUUUGGGUCAGAGACGCCAGGAUGGUUCCGCAUUGUCUUUGCGCAUCCGCGGGCAUAUCUGGACGAAGCAUUGCGGCGGAUUGUGGCUGCCCUUCAAUAG